AUGAAUGAGGACUUUGCAGCAUAUAAUUUCGAGAGUCUAUGUAAAGUCUUGUCGCCACCUAUGCAGAAUGCGAUGCAAUCAGAAAUAGCAAAGCUCAAACAAAUGGGCAAAAUGGAAUGGAAGUCACAUGGCCAAUCUUCCAAAACAAAGAUACUGCAUGCAGUAAUGGGGAAAACACCUGCUCAAACACAGGAUAUAUAUCAAUUCACUAUGGAACUUAAUUACAACCAGGCAGUAGCGCUAUAUCGAGAAAAGAAGAAUGGUCAAAAGGAACUCGUGGCCGGUGACCCAAACAAGAUUGUGCCAAUACGUGAAUAUAUCGUGUUUGAACGUAUUAUAUCGUACAAGGAUAACUCCAGAAAGCCUGAGGUCAAGAGUUACGGACAUUGGAGGAUUGCAGGGAAAUUAGAGUAUAAGCCUAAAGAGGGUAAGGCUGCCAAGACGAUCCAAUAA